CAUUCGCACUUGGAGCACGAUCGGAGCGAAACGCGUCACAAUCUUUCCAUCUCAGCCAAAUCAGUUCGUGUCGGUGUGCAGUUUGUGGACGACGUGUGGUUGCGUUUCUCCGUUGAAUCGUCUUCGUGGUGUUGUUCGGUGUAUGUGUUUGGGGGUGUGUGUGAAUAUAUGUAUUUUUUGCAUUCAAAGUGUACCAUAAAGCGAAUAAUACGACAAAAAUAAAUACAUGGAAAUAGGGGAAACAAGUUUGGUGUGAAUAGUAAACGAAAAAAGGGAGAGUAACAGGGAGAAAACCACGUGGAGAAAGAAAAAUCGUGCGGAAAAGUGCAUUAUUACGUUCGUGUACAGAAAGCGACGAGAAGAGCGAAGUCCAAUAAAUUAUCGGCGUGAUUUGGGGAGGCUUUGCGAGAAGAAAAAAAAAGCAGUGAGCAGUGAGUGUGUGUCGUAUUUCUUUCCGUUUUGUGUGUACAUCACCAGCGGGGCACUCGCAAUCACAGUCGGUGUUGUUGGGUUGGUGGAAUUCUUGGCAACAGCAGUUCUGUCCGCUUGCUGCCGCCGCCUCCUCCUUCUGCUCCUCCACUGUCUACCAGACGUCGCCGGCUGACAGAGGAAGCGAAUCUGUGCACACGCUAUUAUAACAAAACACCAACACAACCAGAACGCACGGCAUUCGACGACAUGGAAGCGGUCGCUAAACACGAUUUUAACGCCACGGCCGACGAUGAGCUGAGCUUCCGGAAGAACCAGGUCCUAAAGAUACUAAACAUGGAGGACGACAUGAAUUGGUACCGGGCAGAGCUGGACGGGAAGGAAGGACUCAUACCUAGCAAUUACAUAGAAAUGAAAAAUCACGAUUGGUACUACGGCCGCAUCACACGAGCAGACGCCGAGAAGCUCCUGUCCAACAAACACGAGGGUGCAUUCCUGAUACGGAUCAGCGAGUCUAGUCCGGGCGAUUUCAGCCUUUCCGUCAAGUGUUCCGACGGGGUGCAGCACUUCAAGGUACUCCGCGACGCGCAGGGCAAGUUCUUCCUCUGGGUAGUCAAGUUCAGCUCGCUGAAUGAACUCGUCGACUACCACCGGACCGCUAGUGUAUCCCGCUCGCAGGAGGUCAAACUGCGCGAUAUGGUGCCAGAAGAGAUGUUGGUCCAGGCGCUGUACGACUUUGUCGCCCAGGAGUCUGGCGAGUUGGACUUCCGACGGGGGGACGUCAUCACGGUGACAGAUCGCUCGGAUGAGCACUGGUGGAACGGCGAAAUCGGCAACCGGAAAGGACUCUUCCCAGCAAUAUACGUAGCGCCCUACCAUUCAUAAAAUAUAAGUAUUUUAUUAUUUUUUUGCUAUAUAAAUAUUAUAUAUUUUUAAUGUUUAAACGAAACACAAACACACAUAUGAAGGUGGAAAAAAAUUAAACAAAACAACAACAAAAAAAAGUCGAACGGCAGGUGCGGGGAGGACACAUUCGCACCCGUGGUAUCACUUCGCGAGCUGGAGCUGCAACAGCUCCCCUCUCUGACAAGUGAUCCAUCCGCGCGAGUAGUCGUGUGUACCUUCCGAACACAGCCUGCCGGAAGCCAAUAUUACCCGAUGCGAAGGUUUAGAAAGUGAUAAAAGAAUAAGAAAAGGUCAGGACGUGAGGGCGCAGAAGAUAGAAAUGUACAUUGACGAUUAGCAGAAGCAAGAGAUGUGGAAGGCAUCUCUUUUUGAGCCAGAAAGCUAUAAUAUUUGCGAGAAAGUGACGGAGAGAAAAACAAAUAUGACAUACACAUGGAAUGGAAACAAAUCAAAUUCAGGUGUUUUUCUAAUAUCUCUAAGUUUGCAGAUUUCCCGAAUUCAUAUGGGUGAUCACGAUACACACUCAAUAAACACCAGAAAACAUGAUAUACCGUAAGGCCGGAGAGAAUAAAAAAGUGGAAUGUUCCAAUCAAAGUAGUGGAAGCAAAAAAUACUUGUUUAUAGUUUUUUUUUCGUCUGGUUACAAUAUAAUUCUUCCUAGGAGCAAAAAAAAUCAUUUUGAAUGUUCCCUAAGCUUGUUUUUCAUUAUAUCAAUCAUUGUAUGUGAGCGGUCAAUCGAAUCUAUCGUUUUAUUCGGUGAAAAAGUAUAACACAAUCAAAAUUUGGCUCGUUUUUGUCAUUAUGUGUAAUAGCUUGUAAGUGUAAACAGUCACACAAACGUAAUGGAAACAGACCUACAUAUAGAGACUUUCGACCGAGAGCCAAUCUCAGUUCAUUUUUCUUGCAUUAAGGAUAUCUUUUUUACAAACCCAUUAUUAUACAGUUCUACAUCUAACAGUUUACAACAGAAAAUAGAAACACACACUCCCGAAAUAUAAUUACGAUAAAACAACAAUAAUUUAAACCUACUCCCACCCGCAUUGGGAGGAAAUACAAACCCGUACAUUUUAAGUGAGCCAGGGAAGAAGAAUAUGGAAUAUCCUCAAAAACAAAACAAACAAAAAACGUAAUUCAUAGUUAUAUACAACACAAGCGCAACGCAAGCCAUUUUAGGUGCAGUGUACAAUACUGUAAUAGAUAAAAUCGCGUCUGGGAUAGGGCGGAGCGGCGGGGGGCAGUCCUGGGGAACCUCGAGUAGAUGCUUACCGUUGCCCCUUUUGCGCCGAAUGAAGCAUUCUUCAUAAAAUGGAGUCUUUCCUUCCGACUUUACCGACUGCUGCUGCAGCUGUGUGAAAGGGCGGAAGAGUCGUCCUUCUUGCCAUUUGUGAAUGACUAUUAUUCAUUAAAAAAAAUACACACACUCAGCCAGUACUAGGAAGUUGACGGUCUUGCGUUGACAGAAGCGGCUCGGAACUGUUUUCAUCGGAACACCUAGAAUCCAGGUUCCCACUGUGAGAGAGUCUGUAGCGCGGCGAGAGAAGGAAAAUAGCAAUCAGCGUGUAUUAGAUGUUUUUUUCGUAGGAUGAUGGUGAUGAUGAUGAUGUUGGGGAAGGGGUAACCAAGAGUAGGAAUACGAUUACAGACGACUAUAGCUAUACAUAAAAAUAAGCAUGUUAAAGAAAAAAAAAGAAAAGAAACAAACAAACAACAAAAACCCACAACCUACACUUCUACAACAGCAACAAAAAGCAGAAACAUCAAACAUGGAUGAAUAAAUACUAGUAAUUAAUGA